AUGGGUUAUUUUAAAGAGCAGGAAAUCCCUUAUCAGUUUGCUUUAGCCAAUGCUUUUACCAUUUGCGAUGCAUAUCACUGUUCAAUGCACACAGGUACAGAUGCCAAUCGUUCAUUUCAUUUAACGGGCACCAAUGGCGCAGUACCGACCAGUACCGCAUUUGUGAAUAAUGAAUGGGACUGGAUUGAUGGUGAUCCCCAAAACGUUGAUGUCGGCUACACAUGGAAAACCUAUGCUGAACGUUUAGAAGAAGCAGGUGUUAACUGGAUUUGCUAUCAAAACAUGCCGGAUGAAUGGGGCGAUAACAUGCUCGGUGCAUUCCGUACCUUUAAAAAAGCCAAUAUUGCUUCAGGCUAUCCAGUUUCAAGUGGUGGUGCGCCGAAUAGUCCAUACAAUAAAGCAGCGCAACCAUUGCCUUAUAAAGCUUAUGAUGCCACAACCGAUAAUGCUAAAAAUCCACUGUAUAAAGGUAUCGCAAACACCCUGCCCGGCAAUAAACCCGAAGAGUUUUUAGAUGCUUUUAAAAAUGAUAUCAAAACAGGCAAACUCCCCCAAGCAGCAGCAGCCAGCCUAAAAAAGACAAUGGUGUUUAUGGACCGGGCCCACGUGUACCACUCUUUGUAA